AGUGAUCGUUACAAUAUUUUGUUGAACGGAAGAUUUAACAAAAAAAUUAAAAGUUUUUUGGUUAACAAUAACAAGUGAACAAAAAAAUAACAAAAAAUGUGGAUCGAAUUUGUUAUACUAUUUUCGGUGGCCCUAUAUCUUCUGUAUCGUUGGUCCAUUUCCACUUAUGAUUUCUUUGAGAAAAAAGGUCUUCCCUUUAGCAAACCCAUACCAAUGUUGGGAAAUUUUUAUGAAAUGAUACUGCGUCGCAAAUCGAUGUUCGAUAUUAUGGUUGACAAGUACAACGAACAUGAUGGCAAAGUUUAUGGUGUGUUUGAUCAACGUCAGCCCCUACUUCUCAUACGUGAUCCCGAGUUGGUCAAACAGAUAGCCAUCAAGGAUUUCGAUCAUUUUGUCAAUCAUCGUUCAUUGUUCGAUGAUAAUGAUAGUAAAGAACUCUUUGCUGCUUCAUUGUUUUUAAUGAAGGAUAAUCGAUGGAAAGAUAUGCGCAGCACUUUAAGUCCAGCAUUCACUGGCAGCAAGAUGCGUUCCAUGUUUCAGUUAAUGAAUGAAGUGGCUCAACACACUUUGGCUCAUGUAAAAAAACAACCGGCCGUUUUCACGCAACAGGGUUUGGAGCUGCAAGUCAAGGACUUUAUAACACGUUUUACCAAUGACAUCAUAGCAUCUACCGCCUUUGGUUUGCAGGUGAAUUCGUAUGACAAUAUGGACAACGAAUUCUAUCGCAUGGGAAAGAAGGUGACACAGUUUUCGUUUAAGCAAAAUAUGAAAUUCAUGUUUUUUGCCAAUUUCAAGAAACUUAUGAGGAUCUUGGACAUUCAAUUGUUUGACAAAGAAUGCACUCAAUAUUUCAUGAGCUUGGUUUUGGAUGCCAUGAAAUAUCGCCAGCAACAUAAUGUCCAUAGACCCGAUAUGAUUCAUAUGCUGAUGGAAUCUCGCGGCAUGUUUAAGGAUCAAGAACAUCUCAAGACCACAAAUCGCGAAUGGAGUGAUGUUGACAUUGUGGGUCAAUGUUUCCUUUUCUUCUUUGCCGGUUUUGAGACCUCUGCUGCCCUGACUUGUCUCACCACCCAUGAACUGAUGGAAAAUCCUGAUGUGCAGGAGAAACUUUUAGAGGAAAUCCAAGAUGUGGAGCAACAGCUGGAGGGUAAGACGCUAACCUAUGAUGCCAUUAUGGGUAUGCGUUACCUGGAUAUGGUGGUUCAAGAGUGUUUAAGAAAAUGGCCAGGAGCCAUAGCCACAGAUCGUGUGUGCACCAAGGACAUCACCUAUAACUUGGAUGAUGGCACUAAAGUGGAAUUCAAGAAAGGCGAUUGUGUGUGGCUACCCAUUGUAGGUUUCCAUCGUGAUCCCAAGUACUAUGAGAAUCCCAUGAAAUUUGAUCCAGAGAGAUUUAGUGAAGAGAACAAGGAUAAAAUACCUCCCUUUGCCUUUAUGCCAUUCGGUGUGGGUCCUAGAAAUUGCAUUGGUUCUCGUUUUGCUUUGUUGGAGACAAAAGUGAUGAUCUAUUAUUUGUUGCGUGAGUUUAAGUUGGUCCCUGCCAAAAAGAGUUGCAUUCCAUUGAAGUUAAAUCCUGCCAGUUUUCAAUUAGUUCCCAAGGAUGGUUUUUGGGUUAAAUUUAUCAGCAGAGUUCCAGCAUCCUAAACUCAACAGUAUUUUUAAGAAUUAGUGGAGUAUUUGUUGGCUUUUUAUAAUAAAUUAUUAUUCAGCA